GGCUAGCACCAUUGAUGAAGAAUGACGAUGAUGAGAGAGCUCUCAUUUCACUCAGCCACUCCUUCAAACACGUCCAGCAGGUUUUGCCCGGAAAAUCCUCGACAACUUAUUAUAUAUCGUAGAGCAAUCAACACCCACGCGAUGAUCUAGAGUCUCUCGACUCACUCCCUCCUACCCAGGCGCCCUGCAUGGCCGGUACAAUGAAGACAGCAAGGCUGAGAGGGGCUAACCCCAGCGCGCGGCCUUUCUAUCUGACGAUCUUCCUCAUCUGCCUCUUCGCUGCGUACUCUUUCCUGGUGCAUAUAUAUCGCGGUGAUGUGAUUGAUGGGCAUGAUGGAAGCCAACACGAUGCGGCAGCGCUCGGCAAGCGCAGUGGGAAGCCCGAAUGCAUCGAUGUGCACCAGGCCAAGGACAAGUGCGCGUUUGUGAAAGAGGUCUGUACGGAUGCCGAUGCUGGACUCAUCCCGUAUCUGCAGUUCUACUAUUGCGGCAUGCCACACGCCCAGGGCAUCUCCUUCAUCAUCCUCCUGGCCUGGCUUGGUUUACUCUUCACGACCAUCGGCAUCGCAGCCAGCGACUUCUUCAGCAUCAACCUGAGCACCAUUGCGACAAUCCUGGGAUUGAGCGAGAGCUUGGCCGGUGUGACGUUCCUGGCCUUUGGAAAUGGAUCGCCUGACGUUUUCAGCACCUUUGCCGCCAUGAACUCCAACAGCGCCAGCAUGGCCGUUGGCGAGCUCAUUGGCGCGGCUAGCUUCAUCACCGGUGUCGUGGCAGGCUCAAUGGCGCUCGUGCGGGAGUUCAAGGUGGACAAGCGGACCUAUGCCCGCGACAUCUGCUUCUUCAUUGUGGCUGUCGCGUUCACCAUGGUGUUUUUGGCCGAUGGCCACCUGCGGUUUUUUGAGUGUUGGAUCAUGAUCGGCUACUAUGUCGUCUACGUUGUCACGGUCGUCGCGCAGCAUUGGUACCAGGAGCGAAGAAAGCGACGAUUGCGACGCGAGGGCGAAGCACGAAGUCACGUUUACGGUAGCGUUGGCGCGUAUGCCGAUGAGCUCGCUGGUGAGCCGUACCGCGACGAUGUAGACGAUGUCGGCGACGCGGAUGCUGACCACCGCGCUUCCGCAUCCGCCAUGGCUGCUCUCGAGCAUGGACCGAGGAUCGAGGUCGAAGGGCGUCCGGCACCGAAUGAUAGUGAUCUCGACGAGGAGUCUGAUGAAGAGCACAACCGACAGAUUGCCGUCGAAGUCGCAAGCAGCAUGAGAGUGCUUCGCACAAGGGGGAAGCGAAGCAACACCAUCAACCCCAUCCGGCCCAGUCUAGUGGGUGCUCUGGAGUUUAGAUCGGCAUUGGCCCAACUGCAGAAGGAGAGCAACCUGAAGCUAUCCACCAUGCAUGGACAGGGCCGCAGUCUUUCUGAGGCACACCUCCCAAGCCGGGGUCGACGACGAACAACGACAGAUGCGCCAACCGACAUGAGCAAAGCCACGCCGCUUACUGCUGCGCAGCAAAGCAAAGACCACCACGGACGAGGUAGGGCCUUGUCCUCCGGGAAUGCGCCUACCUAUAUGACUCUACCUCCAGAGUUGCUCGCGUCCAGCGGGCCUGCCCGACCACCCCAAACUGAUACAAGCACCGGUGGCAGCAGCCAACGUAGUGCGAGUCCAACACCUUCUUUAGGAACGUAUACGAUUGGCGGCAACCUGGCACCUCCUCCUGCCGGUCUCGGGCCCCCAUCAACAGGCUCAGUGAGCCCGUUUAGCGGCGCACCAGCAGCGGCACCGACGACGCCGGGGGGUUUGCAUCUACAAAUCCCCAGUCGACGUAGCAGCCAGAGCGGCGGCUCGUCGCCAGCCUCCCCGUUUCCCAUGUACACAGAUUCGCCUGCUGUCCUCACGCCGCACCCGCACAUGGAACACGGGGGCUUCAUGCUGCCUGCGCCCGUGCAACGUGAGGCGUCGUUCCCGGGCUGGCAAACGCCCGCCUCGGCACCGCGUCCAGUCCGAUGGUGGCCGUACUCAGCACUCCCGCCACCCCACGUUCUGCUGGCGACGCUGUUCCCGACACUGCAGGGUUGGAGGGAAAAGACGAUAUGGGACAAGAUUGUCAGCUUGAUCUCCGUGCCCAGCAUUUUCUUGCUGGUAAUCACUCUACCCGUCGUGGAGAGCGAAACCUCUGAGGACGAGUCGGAGAUUGGCCAGGCUGUAGAUAUGCCUCACAGCCAUUGCUCUAUUGUCGGUCACGUUGCGCCCUCAGUGUCCGUGGAGCCCCAGGCGAUCGAACAUGAAACAGAGUGGCAGCGAUAUCGAAGGCAUACCCUGGUCAGGAAAGACAGCUACCACUCGACCCCAAGCUCAGCACCAACGACUCCGUUGCCCCAAGAGGAAACAGACGCGACCCGGCAAACCGUGCCAAAUGGUACUACCUACAUGGAUGGCCCGUCGCCCCAGGCACCCCAAGUGGUCUCUCAAGCGCCGUCUAGUAUUCAUGCAAACGACGAGACUAUGUCGUGGAAUAGGUGGCUUGUCUGCCUGCAGCUCUUCACGGGCCCUCUCUUCAGCGUGUUUGUGCUCUGGGCCAACCUACUCGAGGACUUUGAGAGACCAGGCAAGGCGCUGCUCACCAUGGUGCUUUACACGCUCCUCGUGUCGACCAUAAUUCUGGGUGUCCUGUUGCUGUUCACCAGUGAGCACCGGAAACCCAAGUACCACUACUUCCUCUGCUUUCUGGGCUUCAUCAUCAGCAUUGCGUGGAUCUCGACUAUAGCGGGGGAAGUCGUUGGCGUGUUGAAGACAUUUGGUGUCGUACUGGACAUAUCAGAAGCCUUGUUAGGCCUGACCAUUUUCGCGGCUGGCAACAGCGUGGGCGACUUGAUUGCGAACAUCACCGUGGCGCGCCUGGGAUAUCCCGUGAUGGCGCUAUCCGCCUGCUUUGGCGGCCCCAUGCUCAACAUCUUGCUUGGGAUCGGCAUCGGGGGUGUGAUCAUGAUGGUUCAGAAGGCCAACAAGAAGCAGAAGAAACACCCGGGAAAGCUGGUCAAGUACGGGCCCUACCCAAUCCAGGUAGGCGGCACCCUCAUGGUCUCAGCGAUCACGCUCCUUGUCAUCCUCGUGGGUCUGCUCAUCGCGGUGCCCAUGAACAAGUGGGUGCUGAGUCGCAAGAUUGGGUGGAUCUUGAUUGCGCUUUGGUGCGUUAGCACCGUGGUCAACGUGAUCGUUGAACUGACAGGCGUCUGGGGUGAUGUGGCAUGAGAACGUGCUCUGUAGAUUCGUAUUUUUAUAUAUCAAAGUGUACAUAGCGUUGCUGGUGCUGCUUCGACAGCAGUCAAUGAAUGAGUCCAGUCUGUAUGACCGUGAACACGAAGCGGGAUGAUGCAGGG